UUCUGAUCUGCAUGAGUCAUCCGAAUGCCCUACAUGGAUGGAGUUCUCUUUAAUUGGAGACCACUCUGUGCAGCUGGGGAUAGUUCCACAUCUAGACAGGAGCUAAAAACGAGUGGGUAACUCCAGGAAAAUUCUCACUGUUUGAUGUCCUAUCAGAAGUCCAUCAGUAAGACGGUCCAUGAAGGAGGAGAUUUUAACGUCAGCUGUAAAUACCCACAAUUGUUUAGGAGUGAGACCAAGUUUGUCUGCAAAGGACUUCAACCUGCUUCAUGUCCUUAUAAAGAAUCUGUUAAAGACAGUAAAAAAACAUUAAAUGUGAGGAAAUACUUCCUGUAUGAUGACAGAACAAAACAAAUCUUCACUGUGAGUAUUAGAAAUGUAACUGAGCAGGAUUCUGGUGAAUACUGGUGUGGAGCUGAAGCAGCCUGGACAUCUGAUCAUGGAUACAAGGUUUAUUUCACACAGAUCAACCUGAUAGUUACUGAUUCACCGCAGUUUCAACCUCAAUACCUACACAACCUUCACCACUUUUGUCUUCAUCAUCAUCAUCAUCAUCAUCAUCAUUGUAUGUACUCCAGCUUCUCCUUCAGGAGGAUUUUCAACUUCCACUGUGAUCAAUGUAGGUGUAAUUCUGCUGCUACUUCUGAUUGGAAUCUCAGUCCUGCUUGUGAUUCUACAAAAAGGACAAAAGAUGAAAGGUUCCUCCCGCUCUCUGUGAGUAUGAGGAAAUUAAAGACACCAGACGACUUUCUGCCUCAGACACUGGAUUUUCCACCAUUUACGCUACUCCUCAACUACACACAAUCCAAUUAUGCAAACACAGAGUUACCUGCAAGCGACUGUGAUCCUAUUGUUUAUUAUACUGUUUAAGUUCUCACAAACCCUCCUGAUCAGGACUUUUACUCCACAGUUCAGUUACACUAACGUCCCUCUGAUAGAGAACAGCAGAAAGUUUGAUGUAGCAACAGUUUUCACAACACAACCACCAGCUCUAAUGAUGUAGUAAGGCAGAUUUUUUUUUGCCAAGUGAAUACAAUGCAGUCAGUUAUGGUGAUUCAUUUGACUCUUUUUUCAUCAUUUUAACUCUAAGUGGCAUUGAAAAUGUACUGUUUUGUUUAGAUAUUUAUUCUGCUUAUUCUCAUUGUUUUCCAUCUCCUGAACAAUGUGAAGCAAAAAGAUGUAGAUGGUUUAGUUGUGGUAUAGAAUGUCUUUAGGUUACGUAUGUAACCGUAGAUCCCUGAGGGUACAAGACACUGCGUCAAACCGCUUUGGGAAUGCCCCCGCAUUGUCCACGCUCUGAAUCACGUGUAAAAUCCACCCAAUUGGCAAGUCGUGACGUCAUCAGCGGGAGACGUUGCGUAAACCAGGAAGCUACAAAACGGCUGAGCGAUGGUAGGAGGCUUCUGAGGAAAAAGAAGGUAAGCACUUUCAGGGAUGCAGGGAGUAUAGUUGGCACUCGUUACCACUCCCCACCCCAUGAGGGAUGCGUCUGUCGUUAGCGUUACGUGAUGACAAGGUGCUCCCAGGAAGGGGCCUUAAGUCAGGAACCCUCCAUAUAUCCAAGGUUCGAAGAGCUCACCUCAAAACCUUGAUAGUACGUAGUGGCCUGCCCCCUCGGGAGAACCCUCUGUCCUUUUGGCCUUACAGUGAGUGGUUGGCCUUCUCUCACUCUCCUGACUGCUGUGAGAAUGGCUGCAAUCCGGGCGGGAGACAAUACUGCCCACAGCAUGGUCAAGUCCCAUACCACGCCCAAGUCCCAUACCAUCGGCCUCAAUCCGCCGUCCUUCUUCGGAACAACAAAGCACUGGCCGUAUUAGACCGACUCUCUGACAGAGGGAGGAACCAAUUUGAUGGCCCCUUUGCCUCAGGAGGAUGCGUACUUCUUGCUCCAGGACCAGAGCCUGCUCGGGGCCCACCCUGGGGGUCUUGGUUUUUUUUUUCCAACCUACUUCACUCCUGGGAGACCUAGACACCUCGGUCUGUUGGUCUGGGGGAAAAAAAAAAACGGUAGGCCCCGGGGCAGAGGCUGUGCUACAGGACGCAGGAAAUGCUCCUCCAGCUUGCUGGAAAUGCAUUGCUUCCGCUACUCAUCGAGCCAAGCUAUCAUUAGCUUAGCAACGAUCCAUGUCACUACCUCCAGGAGCUCCUUGAGGCUGUGAGGAGUCCAUGGGCUUGCUAGCAUUCUAAAAAUUUUCCUCUUUGGAGGAAGAAAUCAUGAGCACCACGUUACAUGUGCCGGAAGAAGGAACCGCCGAUGUGGUGCUUUCCCCGGGAGCACGGCCCAGCAGGAGAGGCUGGAGAGGACUCAUCUAUCUCCAUGCCUUCCGCUAGGUCGGCCUACGAGCCCCACGACCUUCGGCGCCGCUUCACUUCGGCAAAAGCGGGACCUGUGUCGCGAGGGAGAGCGCUUACCUCGGAGAGCGCUCUCUGGGAGUGCAUAGCCGCACGGCUAAAAAUGAUAACAGUUGACACUCUCUCGAGCCGACUAAGCAAGCUCCAAAGCUAAGCAAACAACACAUCGGCUGUGUGUAUCCCCCCUGAAUAAAGCGGGGCAAGAAGGAACACACACAGUCGGAAUUCUGCUUGCAUUUAAAGCUCAUGACUGCACAGAUCCACACACAAAGCGCUUACCUUGUAUUUCCUGAGCUGGGCUUUUGUUUUAGUAUUCCUGAGAAGAUUUAGUUUUCCCCUUUUUUUCCUGUGGAUUUCUGUUAUUUGUUUCUGGACAAAUAGACUUCCUUGUGAUAGAUUUCUUGACAUUAUCAUUUUCUCUCUAGUUGUUCUUGCACUGUUGUGGGCCUGACUGAAAAAACAGCUUUAAUGAGGGAAAUAGGGUGAUAACCUGAGCAGAUAUUCUUCCACAGUGAUACA